AUGAAGAGGGAGGAGAAGGAGGAACAUAGCAGGGAAUCAGUAGAGGAACACCUUCAGCUAGCAGUGAGGAGAAUUGAAAAGUUAGAACUGAAAACAAUCAACAGCAAAGUGUUUAGGCUGACAGAGUUCUUACAGAAAAAGACUCAAAACAAGUUUUGGAAUAGCUCGGACUUCUACACAUCACCAAGAGGCUACAGGAUGAGGCUAAGGGUUGAAUGCAGUGGAUUUGGUGACGGUAAAGGCCAUUACAUCUCUUGCUACAUCUACCUCGUCCCGGGAGAAUACGACGAUACAUUGGAGUGGCCAUUUUACGGAGAUGUAACCCUAGAGCUUCUGAAUCAACUGGAGGAUAAGAAUCAUAGGAAGGGAGUUAUUUGUUAUAAUGAAUCAACACCAGGUCCUGGUAAGGAGAGAGUGACAAGAGGAGAAGUUAGCAAGCAUGGAUGGGGCUACUCCAAGUUCAUACCACAUGCAGCACUGAGGUAUAAUCCAUUCACUAAUUGUCAGCAUCUUAAAAAUGAUAGUCUGUACUUCAGAGUCAGUGUAAAGGUUACAUCAAAGACAAAGCCAUGGCUAGCAUUAACAUAA